AUGAUGCGAGAUCGACGGAGGUACGCCAUGAUGUCUGCCCCGUUCCUGGCCAUCUACAGUACUUUCCUGGUGGUGCUGGGCUUCCUGAGCGGGUUGCGCCUGAGCCGGGCUGAGCUGUACCCUGGCCUGCCCCCAGCUGUGAUAGUGGACUUCGACCUGAGCAGCUACCACCCUGCGCCCUGCAUCCACCUGGGAGCAAAGGUUUUCUACAGCUUCAGCUUUUGGUUGAUGUUUCGUCAACAGCUGAAGGAGCGACAGGAGGAGCAGAGCUUAAAGGAGGAAUCUCUUUAUGAAGUCAAAGUCAUACCACUGGAGGAAAAUCAGCCAUCACCUCUUGUAGUGAUGGUGAUCUCAGGAGUGAAAGGGACACUGGUGAAAUACUGGAUACUCUUCUGCUGCUCUAUGUUCUUUGUGGUCAGCUUCUCUGGAAAGGUGGUCGUGUACAAGAUUCUCUAUAUUGUCUUGUUCCUCUUCUGUGUUGUCCUCUAUCAGAUCCGUUAUGAUGUGUGGCGUCGGCUCCUGAAGACGUUCUGGGCUGUGGUGGUUGGUUACUCCAUGGUGGUGUUGAUAGCCAUCUACCUGUACCAGUUCAGAAGUGUGUCUGGGCUGUUCAGACAGAUCAUGGGCAUGUCAGAGGAGGGACUUCGUGACCUGGGUUUGGAGCAGUAUGACACAGUGGAGCUGUUUGCACGAAUUCUGCUUCCUGCUGCGUUUCUAUUGGCUUGUAUCCUCCAACUGCAUUACUUCAACUCAGACUUCCUGACUCUCACUGACCUCGACAAUGUACCUGUCAGACAGGCUUCCAGAGAUGAAGAACUCAGAAGUUCAGUCAAUGUGAUAUCUGAGGUCAUUAAAGAAAACCUUGCAAAGUUACAGAAAAGGCUUGUGAAGGAGCAGAUGGGAAAUAGGAGAAGUCAGGAGACUCUGGACAGUGUCGGACUGCAAACCUUCCUGGAUAAAGGAGGAGAGGAGCAAGUGGAUACAUCAGGAGAGGGAAAUGUACCCAGCAGUCAAGAACGCAAGUGGAAUGUGAUAGUGGACCGGGUGAGCCUUCUGAUCGUUCAUGCUCUGUCAGGACUCCUCAAGCUCCAGGAGCUGAGCUGGAGACUGCUGGAACUCCACAACCUCAAAAUCGUUUCCUCUGGCAUCAUUUGGGUGUCACUGCAGGAGGUUUCUCUGAUGAACUUUGUCUUCCUGGUUUUGUGGGUGUUUGCACUCCCAUUCCCACGGUUACAACCUUUAGCAUCCAGCAUCUCUGCAGUAUGGGCCUGCGUCAUGGUAGUGUGCAAGAUGUUUUACCAACUCAAAGUCAUCAAACCCCUCGACUACUCCUCCAACUGCACUGCAGGCCUGGUAUUUUUCAACAGCUCAAUCCUGGAAAAUAGAGUUGAGCUCAGGGGGAACAUGGUGGAGCUGCUCACGAGGUCUAUUCUUUACAUUGAGCCCGUAGACCCCGUCUACUGGUGUGGAGCGUUGCUCAAGUGUGAGGGCAGGAUCCUCCCCUGUCUCAGGAACCAUUUGAUGGUGCUGGGGCUGCUGGCGUUCAAGGUAACUAUCCAUCGCCACCAGCUCUACUUCCGUCUCCACAAUGACCUGAAAACCCCACCCUUCAGCAUCAUCUUCCAGGGCAUCACACGGCAGCACCUGGAUCACGGCAUUCUGCCAUGCAUCAAGUACUUCAUAAACUUCUGCUUCUACAAAUUUGGACUGGAGAUCAGUUUAAUUGUGGCAGUCAAUGUGAUUGGUCAGAGAAUGGACUUCUAUGCCCUACUCCAUUCUUGUGCCUUAUUGGCUGUCCUCUCACGGCGACGCAGGAAGGCAAUCGGGGAGGUGUGGCCUAAAUACUGCUGCUUUACAGCGGGGCUCAUGGUGCUGCAGUACCUGCUCUGCAUUGGCAUCCCUCCAGCUCUCUGUGUUGAUUACCCCUGGAGAACUGCAGUUCAGCCUUUGACCUCGAAUGUUAUUAAGUGGUUUUACCUGCCUGACUUCGCCAUGAAACCCAAUCCUUCUUUCAUAUUCUACGACCACCUCCUGCUGCUGUGCUCGUCUCUACAGUGGCAGGUGUUUGAGGAGGAGAACCGCGCAGCGGUGCGACUGCUGGCUGGAGACAACGUUGAGAUCAGCCGUAGUCUGGAUCCUUGUUCUUUCAACCAGUUCAUACCCGUCAAUAACUUCCUUCACUGCAGGUGCUACCUUGACAUGGUGAAGGUGUUUGUGUUCAGCUAUUUCUUCUGGCUGGUGCUCUGCCUCAUAUUCAUCACCGGCACAACUCGGAUCAACAUCUUCUGUCUGGGUUACCUGGUGGCCUGUUUCUACUUCAUGCUGUUUGGAGGCAGCGUUCUGAUGCAGCCUGUCAGGUACAUCCUGCGUCUGUGGGACUGGCUCAUCGGCUACACUUGCUUUGUGAUCGCCAUGAAGAACCUGCUGUCUCUCGGUUCUUGUGGCUACCUGGACAGUCUGUUGAAGAACGGCUGCUGGUUAAUUCAGGCCUUCAGCAUGUUCUGCACCAUCAAAGGCUACAACGUCCCUGAGCCUGACGAUGGGUGUGAGCUGCCAGAGGGCGAGGCCGGCAUCGUCUGGGAUGCGAUCUGUUUCACUGUCCUCCUGGUUCAGAGGAGAGUCUUCCUCAGCUACUAUUUUCUCUACGUGGUGUCUGACCUCAAAUCUUCUAAGAUAUUGGCCUCCAGGGGUGCUGAGCUGUUUGAGGCCAAGGUGAAGAAGCUGGUAGCAGCCAGACUGGAGAUGGAGAAGAAAUCUGUAGAGACGCUGAAGAAACAGAUGGAGAAAAUCAAAUCUAAACAGAAGAGUCGGCCUGCACCAGCAGACAAACCAGGAGCUCCUGCUGAUCAGGAGCAGGUUGCACUGGGUGAUGAUGACAAGGCAAAGAGAGAUGCCGGAAAAUGGUGGAAGCCUUGGGUCUCUAAGCCUGGAGUGGAAAACAACUGUGGCUACCACCUGUUUGAGAGUGACAGCGAGGAGGAGGAGGAGGAAGUUCCAGAGAAGAAAGAGGAGGAGGAACCACCAAAGAAGAAAUCUGCUUUCCAGCUGGCCUACGGAGCCUGGGUCACCAGCUCUAAGAUGGCUCUGAAGGACCUGAAGAAGGAGAAGAAGAAAAUUAAGAAAGAAGAGAAGAAGAGAGCAAAGAGAGAGCUGGAGAGACAGCAAGGUGAGAGAACUGGAACAUUUAGAGACAUUCUGAAACUGAAAGGUCACAGGUUUGAUCCCACAGGCAUCGGCCUCGAUAGAACAGAUUCUAGUGAGGAUGAGCUGGAGGAAAACACUGUGGAGGAGGAGGAGGAGGAAGGAGAGGAGGAAGAAGAAAACAUCCUGCAGCGCAUCAUUAACACCCUGAAGUUUAGCUGGGUGUUCAUUCAGUCUCUUCUUGACGACCUGACAGAAGGUCUGAACUCGUUCUGUAAAGACAAUCUGGACAUUUCCAAAGUGCUGCGCUUCGAGCGAGCGUUACUCAACCAGCGACAAAAGAAGGGCAAAGAGGUGAACCAGGAGAGCAUAAAGCAGUUUUAUGAGAACUGGAUGUUCCGUCAGAACACACUGUCAUCCCAGGCUGACUUAGAUGACUCCUUGCCUCCUCCCUCAUCACCACCCACUGUGCCCUCCUCACGCCAUGCUUAUGCCAAGCUGAAGAACCAGGCUUCCAAAGUGUCCUGGGGCAGCAGCGUCUCCAGCUGUAUGACAGAUGAGACGAUGCUAGGUUCCCGACAGCCAACCCAGGAGGAGCUGGACGAGCCUCCUGCUGUGCCACCUGCUGCUGACCAGCUCAGAAGGAGGCUCCUGAAAACUACCAACAUUGACCUGACCUCUUUUGACACCGAUGAACUUUCACCAAGCUUUGAAGAUGGUGCAACUCUGAAGGAAGACCACAAACAAGAAGAGGAUGAUGAGGACGAUGCGGAGGGUGAGAGGAAGCCAGAGCAAAAACAAGAAGAGACAGAGGAAGAGGAGCAGGAGGAAUGGCAAGAAGAGGAUAAUGAGGUGGAGAGAGAGGAGCUGGAUGAGGACCAACAGCAGAAAGAAGAAGAUGAAUGUGCUGAAUAUCCAGAAUGCACCUCACUGGGUUUCAGGGAAAGUGACGGAGAGAAAAGUCUCGAUCUCACGCAGUCUCCUAGGCCUCUGAGUCAGGAGACCAGGAACCUCACUGCCAGUGAGCUGCUGCUGAACAAUAUGUUUGAAAAUGACGAGAUCUCAGAGUCUGAUAAGUUUUUUGUGACGUUGCCGAGGCCCCUGAAGCUGCUCUUUGCCCUCUACAACACGAUGGUGUCCAAGUCAGAGAUGCUGUGCUAUUUUGUCAUCAUCCUCAACCACAUUGUGUCGGCUUCGCUUCUCUCCCUCAUCCUGCCAAUACUCAUCUUCCUCUGGGCCAUGCUGUCUGUGCCCCGGCCGAGCAAACGCUUCUGGAUGACUGCGAUCAUCUACACAGAGCUGACUGUUGUGGUGAAGUACUUUUUCCAGUUUGGUUUCUUCCCCUGGACCACCUCUGCCUACAGAGGCAUCAACGCUGAGCUGCCCUUUGCCCUUCCAAACAUCAUCGGGGUGGAGAAGAAAAACGGCUACGUCCUCUUUGACCUCAUUCAGCUGCUCGCUCUCUUCUUCCACCGAUCUAUUCUCAAAUGCCAUGGGCUGUGGGACACUAAGGAGGUUGAGAUGCCUGAUUUCUUCAAGAAGAUGAAGAAAAAAGUGGAAAAGAAGAAGAUGACAGGUGGAGAUAAGAUUGCCGACAAAGAGAAAUCUGCACGCCGGCUGAAGUUCCUACCCCUACAGGCCUCUACCAGUUCCAUAUUCUGUAGACGAAAGAGAGGUGACUCUUCAGGAUCUCCCCAUGAGGUGAAGCCCAAGAAGCAGCAUAGCAAGAAGAAUGGACGGCAACGAAACAAGGCUCCGCUGACCAGGAAACAGAGGAUCAGACAGCAGAUCAGAGAGAGGAUGCUGCAGGCCAAAGCUGCCGUUAUAGAAGUCGGCCUUCACAUUUACUUACCCAUAAGGCAGUUUUUCUACGACAUCAUCCACCCAGACUACAGUCCUGUAUGUGACGUCUAUGCCCUCAUGUUUCUCAUCGACGUAGUCAACUUCAUUGUCACCAUAUAUGGAUACUGGGCUUUUGGGAAAUACUCGGCAGCAGCUGACAUCACAGAGUCCCUGUCAGAGGACCAGGUUCCAGAGGCCUUCCUGGUCAUGCUGCUCAUGCAGUUUGGUACCAUGAUAGUGGACCGGGCUCUCUACCUGAAGAAGUCCCUCCUGGGAAAGUGUGUUUUUCAGGUGGUGCUGGUGUUUGGCAUACACUUCUGGAUGUUCUUCAUCCUCCCCGGUGUCACUGAGAGGAGGUUCAACAGGAACCCUGUGGCACAGCUCUGGUACUUUGUGAAGUGCAUCUACUUUGGCCUGUCUGCCUACCAAAUCAAAUGUGGCUACCCAAACCGAAUCCUGGGCAACUUCCUCACCAAGAACUUCAAUUACCCGAACCUCUUCCUCUUCCAAGGGUUUCGUUUGGUUCCCUUCCUGACGGAGCUGAGGGCGGUGAUGGACUGGGUUUGGACUGACACCACUUUGUCUCUGUCCAGUUGGAUUUGUGUUGAAGACAUCUAUGCUAAUAUAUUUAUUCUCAAGUGCUGGAGGGAGUCUGAGAAAAAAUAUCCGCACCAUCCAGGGCAGAAGAAGAACAAGGUGGUGAAAUAUGGGAUGGGAGGAUUAAUCAUCUUCACUCUCAUCAGCAUCAUCUGGUUCCCACUCCUCUUUAUGUCACUGAUCCAGUCUGCAGCUGGAGUGACCAAUCAGCCGGUGGACGUCUCCAUCCAGCUCAGCAUCGCAGGAUACGAGCCUCUGUUCACCAUGAGUGCCCAGGAGCAGAACUUGGUUCCAUACAAAGAAACUGGAUUCAACCAACUCACCAAAGUCUACGCUACUCAUCCAUCUGCCAUGCAGUUCAUAAUGAACUACUUUGCGGAGGACAUUGUUGUUGCCAAGAUCAAGAGUGAUGCUAGUCUGCUGUGGAGCAUCAGCCCAGCCAGUCGAGAGGCCAUGAUACAGGAGCUCAGCAACUCCUCCCACAUAUACAUGACCUUACGCUGGACCCUGCUCAGGAACGCAUCCAUAUCAAUGAAUGUAGAGAGUGUGGGAGAACACACUGUGAAGUUUGAGGACAAGGCCUUGAUGGAAGGGAUCGUCCACAUGCUCAAAGGCAACAGCAGCAAACCUGUGAUCAUUAACUCGCUUCUACCAAAGUUCAUCAGGGGUCCCAAAGGACCAGAGUCCAAAAUGGCAACCAGGAUGAAAGUAGAGCACUCGGACCGCCCAGACCUCCAGGUGCUGGCUUUCUUCAGGCCCAUGUCAGUCAAACUUCAACAGGUCAACAGGACGUCAGAGAAAGAUGCAGACCAGUGGUGGGUGGUGGAGGAGUGCUCGCCAGUUCUCACCUCUGACUGUCACAGCAUAGAGAUAGUGGUGUUCAGUGAUAAAGUCAGCCCCUCCAGUCUGGGCUUUCUGGCUGGACAUGGCAUUGUAGGCCUGUACAUGUCAGUGGUGCUGGUCAUUGGAAAGUUCGUCAGGGAGUUCUUCAACGGGAUCUCCAGGUCCAUCAUGUUUGAAGAGCUGCCAUGUGUGGAUCGGGUCCUGAAGCUCUGCACGGAUAUCUUUGUGGUCAGGGAGACUGGGGAAAUGGAGCUGGAAGAGACGCUGUUUGAGAAACUCAUCUUCCUCUACCGAUCACCCGAGACAAUGAUCAAGAUGACCAGAGAGAAGAAAGACAGCUAAGAUUUGACAAGACGUCGUCUAUUACAGGACGCUGAGAGUGCUAUGCCACAUUCCAUGAUCCAGUUGUAAUCAGGAACCCUUUGCAAGAUUUGAAACUAUUUCUGACCCGGCUAUUAAUUGUGACCUCUGACCUGCGCAGACAGGUGCAGGUUUCACUUGUCUGAAAUUUAGGUUAGUUAAUUUAUCUACAUGUGUUCAGUUCCCUGCCAAAAAUUAAAAAAGGACUUAAGGGCUUUAUAAAGGCAAAAAAAAUGAAACAAUAACUAGCUCAACUGUAAUACCAAUUAAUCUGGACUGCAGUUAAAUGAAUAAAGUGCCUGCUACAUAUUAUUUGCUAUUGUUGAUGCCAUUUUCUGCCCACUGGGUUAUGCAUGCAUUUCUGAUCAUUUUGGAUUGCGGUUUUUACUGGUGUGAAGAACACACAAGAUCCUACUCCCUGAUUUAGUUUCUUUCAGGAACAAUGAAAUUUCAUCAAACCCUUGAUGUAUUCAUGGAUCAACACACACACCUCUGUAAAUACCAUGUUGAUGUGUAUGUCUAUGUAGUACUAAGUUAUUAAGAUCAAAAUAAAAAAUGUAG